AUGGCUAUCUUCAACACCGAUAACACAUUGGCCUUUGUCUUCGGCUUGCUCGGAAACAUCAUUUCCUUUGCUGUUUUCCUCUCUCCCGUGCCAACGUUCUACAGGAUCUGGAAGAAGAAAACAACAGAAGAAUUUCAAUCUCUUCCCUACGUGGUGGCGCUCUUCAGCGCAAUGUUGUGGCUAUACUACGCUACUCAGAAGAAAGAUGUCUUUCUUCUCGUCACCAUCAACUCCUUUGGUUGCUUCAUCGAAACCAUCUACAUCGCCAUAUUUGUUGCAUUCGCUCCCAAGAAAGCUCGAAUGUUGACGGUGAAGUUCUUGUUGCUAAUGAACUUUGGAGGAUUCUGUUUGAUUCUCCUCCUCUGCCAAUUCUUGGCAAAAGGAACCACACGUGCGAAGAUCAUCGGAGGAAUUUGUGUCGGAUUCUCUGUCUGCGUUUUCGCUGCGCCGCUUAGCAUUAUCAGAACGGUGAUAAAGACAAAAAGUGUGGAGUACAUGCCGUUUAGCUUAUCCUUGACACUUACCAUCAGUGCGGUCAUCUGGCUCCUUUAUGGUCUUGCUCUUAGGGAUAUCUAUGUUGCUUUCCCGAACGUUAUUGGGUUUGCUCUCGGUGCACUUCAAAUGAUACUUUACGUGGUUUUCAAAUACUGCAAAACGCCGUCGGAUUUGAUUGAGAAAGAAAUCGAAGCAGCUAAGUUGCCAGAGCUGAGCAUCGAUAUGCUGAAGCUAGGCACAUUGGCAUCUCCUGAGCCAGCACCGCUUACAGUCGUACGAUCGGUAAACACGUGUAUCUGUAACGAUCGGAAGGCUGAAACUGAAAAUGGUCAGGGAGUUAGAAACGGCACGCAGUCCACUUCAGCUUGUUAA